CCCUUCUGUCAAUCUCGAUUUGUCCCUUUAGUGCUGAACAAACAAUUAAGAAAAGAAAGUACAGACAGAGCUGUAAAACUUAGCAUACAAUAGGCCACCGCGGAGCCGCCUGCGCGCUGAGCGGCCCUUCGGCAAGGGGCCGGCGCACCCCGGCCCCGGGCUGCCGGAGCGGAGGGGCACUAGCCUUGAGGAAAGGGAUUUCACAUAAGGGGGAUCAAGCUGCCAGCACGCCCAGCCUCGGCCCCAGACAACUUCUGCCUAGCGAGGAGCCUGCUUUCAGCAUGCGGCAGCCUGCGGCUGGGACGCUGCGGGACAGACAGACGGACAGACGCGGGCAGGGGGAGCGGAGCGGGCCCUCCUAGCCGGGGCUGCCCGCGGUGGCCGCUCGCCGGUGCCGGGGCCUGAGCGGGGCCCCGGGGCGCGGCCGGAGCGGGGCCCCGGCGCGGAUGCGCCGCGCCGCGCCGCGCCGCGCUGCCUCCCGCCCGGGGCCGCCGCAGCGAGGCGGCCGAGGCCGAUAGGCGGACAGGUGGAGGUACCCGCUCCCUGCUUGCCCUGUCAGCGCCUGCAUCCCAGCCCACCUCCGCGAGCGGGGGGGGAGCAAAGGCAGCGCAGAGGCAGGCAGAGUUGUCUUUCUCCAUAGCUCCCUGCCAAGUGAGCCGGCGCGGACAAGAGGAGAGAACCCCUGCCAUGGAAAAGCUCUCGCUGCAAGGUUUUAGUCGAAGCCUGGCGUGAUCGCAGCAUCUAGGGACCUGUGGUUACCAAUCAAUUGGUACAAUAGAGCAGAGCAAGGCUGCAAUAGCGUGCAGAUCAGACGUCUCGCCUUGUUUCUAGAUAACUGGGAGCCUCUGUACCAUGUCAUAUCCUCAGUUUGGCUACCCUUACUCCUCUGCACCCCAGUUCCUGAUGACCACCAACUCCUUGACGACGUGCUGCGAGUCGGGCGGGCGGCCGCUGGCCGACUCGGGGGCGGCCGCCCCGGCGCAGACCCCCGUCUACUGCCCGGUGUACGAAAGCCGGCUGCUGGCCACCGCCCGCCACGAGCUCAAUUCGGCCGCCGCCCUGGGCGUCUACGGCAGCCCCUACACCGGCACCCAGGGCUACGGCAACUACGUCGCCUACGGCACCGAAGCCUCCGCCUUCUACUCUUUGAACAGCUUCGAGGCCAAGGAGGGGAGCGGGUCUGCGCAUGCGGGCAUCGCCCCGGCCGCUGCCUACUAUCCCUACGAUCACACCCUCGGCCAGUACCAGUAUGACAGGUACGGCACGAUGGACGGCGGGACGCGGCGGAAGAACGCCACCCGGGAGACCACCAGCACCCUCAAGGCCUGGCUGCAGGAGCAUCGCAAGAACCCCUACCCCACCAAGGGCGAGAAGAUCAUGCUGGCCAUCAUCACCAAGAUGACCCUCACGCAGGUCUCCACCUGGUUUGCCAACGCCCGCCGGCGCCUCAAGAAGGAGAACAAGAUGACCUGGCCGCCGCGGAACAAGUGCUCGGACGAGAAGCGGCCCUACGAGGACGAGGACGAGGAGGAGGAGGAGGGCUCGCAGGAAGACGCGCUGAAGAGCGAGAAAGCCGAGGAGCCCCCGGGCAAGGAGGAGAAGGAGCUGGAGCUCAGCGACCUGGAGGAGCUGGAAGCGCUGGAGUCGGAGAGCUCCGAGUGCGAGCUGAAGGUCCCCUUCGCGCCGCAGCCCCCGGGCGGCGGCGGCCAGCAGCUGCGGGCCGCCCCCCGCCGGGAGCCCCCCGCCAAGGCGCCGCUGCCGCCCGCUGCCCCGGAGCCGGACGGCGAGCGGGCCAAGAGCUGCCUCAAGGCGGCGGAGGGCAGCGCGCCGGAGCUGCUGGGCGCCCGGCCGCGCGCCUGCGAGGCCAAGGCGUGCUUCCAGCCGGGGCAGCAGCUGCUGGAGGCCAAGCCGCGGAUCUGGUCCCUGGCGCACACCGCCACCUCCCUCAGCCAGGCCGAGUACCCCUCCUGCAUGCUCAAGCGCCAAGGGGCGGCCGCCGCCUCCGCCGUCUCUGCCCCGCUCGGUGUCAUCGACCGGCACCAGGACUCGCCGGUCACCAGCCUCAGGAACUGGGUGGAUGGGGUGUUUCACGACCCCCUCUUCAGGCACAGUACUUUGAACCAAGCCUUGGGCAGCACCACCGUUUCCUGGGCCACCACCAAAGGGGCCAUCCUGGAAACGGGAGCCUUGGGACGCUCGGUGGGCAGCGGCGCCAGCGCGCUCAAGGGGCAGCUCUCAAACUUGGCCCACCAGGACUCAAGCAAAGAAUUUGUUGCAUUUCCCAAAUCAGGAAGCAAAAUGUUUUGUUCCUAACGGCCCACCGCGGGCGAGAGGACUUGCUAACACUUGAAGAGUCAGCUACACUGAAAAGAGACUGGCGAGAGUUUAAAUUUAAAUAUAAAACUUUUUUUAAGCAACAGAAACAAGGAUUUAAAGUUCAGUUUGCUCGGUUCAACGGACAGACUGCUUUACCCAUCGCUGUUCUGAAGAAUUUCUCCUGGCUAUGACUCUAAGGGAUCAAUGUCGUGAGAGUUAUUUAAUUCCAUGUCCGAAAGCACGUACUAUAGUGUAGACCUACUUAAAACGUUUACAUCCCAAAGUUUACAAAAGAGAAAUUUUAAUUCAGAUUUAAUUUAAGGCAUGCCAGCAUUAGUUAUAAAGACUUUUCGAGAGUUUUUCCUUCUAAUUUCCUUGUUAGCAUAUAAUUCACAAACAGCACUUCUACUAAGUUUACACCUACUGCACAAAUUUAUCUUGACAAAGAUAUGUUAAAAGGUAUGUUCACUCCAAUAAAUUGUCUGUUUCAGAGGUAA